GCCAACUCGAAAAUCGAUCCACGUUCCGGCACAAUUGACCUCUGAAACUAUCAAGCCAACCGAUGGGACGGGGUUGAUCUUGCCCCCGUUCAGCUAUGGAAGAAUCGUUCAUACUAUCCAAGUUCAACAGGCUUCAACAGUCCGGCCUUGCUCUCUAUGACGAGAAUCAACAGAUAAUCGAGCACAACGAUGGAGGACUUCAAUUCCAAUUCUGUCUGACUUCUGCUCUGGCCAAAAAGCCAAACUUACAAACGCCCCAUUCAACCAACGAUGAGCGACGUGAUGGCAGCGAUAUCAGUACCACAGGUUUUGAGAUUGGAGAAAUCGGCAACGCCCACCUCCUCAUAGCGAACAAGUUCUGCUGGGCAAAACCACAUUUUCUUCUCCUGACCUCUGACGGCUACCGACGACAAUACGAAUCUUUGAACGACACUGAUCUCCAAGCGAUCUGGUCUAUUCUCUCCACCAUGAGCACCGACUAUCUUGCCUUUUUUAAUUGCGGUCAAGAUGGGGGUUGCAGUCGACUGCACAAGCAUAUGCAAUUGAUCCCGAUGCCUGGAGCAACUUUCGCGUCUUUCCUCGAUUCUGAUGGAGAGAUAUCCGAGCCUGAGGUUCCAUUCCAAUGGUUCUAUCAUCGGUUUGACACUGGCGAUGUGUCAUUGCAACACCUAACGGAUGUUUACAAUAAGCUUCUUAGCCAAGCUACCGAGGUCGGCGGAGGGUUGUCUGAAAACGCCCAUGCUUCUCUGCCUGGCGCCGCGUGUCCGCAUAAUAUGAUUAUGACCCAGCGGUGGAUGAUCGUUGUGCCCAGGCGACGGGCUGCGAUUAAUAAAGCUGUGGCUGCUAAUGCCCUGGGAAUGUUGGGGUAUAUCGCUGUUGCUACGAAAGAGGAGAUGGAUGAAUGGAUACGUACGGGUCCGACAGGUACCCUCAAGGAGUUUGGAGUGUCGAAAUGAUGAUCCGUUCUGCAUUAACCUGUGGCUUUGCAAUGUUUAUAG